AUGAGAGCUUCCACUACCACCUUUCUUCUUGGCUUGGCCGCUGCUGGUUUGGCUGCGCCAUUGAAGCGUGACGUCGAGUGGACCGAGAAAUACGUCCAGCCUGAAGCUCGCAGUGUCGAAUGGACCGAGAAGUACGUCCAGCCUAAGCCUCGCGACGUCGAAUGGACCGAGAAGUAUGUCAAGCCUGAGUGA